GCCUUUGUUUUGUAUGUUCGCAGUGAUAUUUUGCUAAAGAAGCGAGGAGAAUUACGCCACGAAGCGAAGAGCCGGGAUUUUGCAACGAAGUCGUUCGUCAGUGUCGAGAAUUUCCCGGCGAAAAAAUCAUUAGAACGGUCACGUCUGGGCAAAUUGCGACGUUUCGAAAACAAUAACAAAACCGAAAUUUACGAUCUCUGCGAG